AUGUUCAAUUCAAUCGAAUUCUUAAGCUCUUAUCUUUCUCAACAUAGUCCUCGACAUUCCAAAAUCCGAACUUCAUGUCAAACUCCCGGAUCAGAUUGUCAUAUUUCAGAAGACGAUUCAGUUUCAUUUCCACUUGGUUCUCUUCAACCUCCACCCGCUUAUGGAAUCUCUCUUCCACCUCCUUCUUACAGGUCUGCACUUGGAGGAUUAAGUUUGGUGGACAGAAGUGAUCAUUCAUUCAAGAUUUAUUAUCGUGAUUUACUUAGUUUGUCUAAAGAAUGGUCUAGAAGAAAAUCACUCAAGGCCGACUCAUUAAGAUAUGUUGAAGGAGGUCCUUUCCUUGCACCACGCCGAAUAUCUGACAUGAGAGAUUUAUUCAUGUCUAUUGUUGAACACAAAACUUGUCCGACCAUUCCAGAGAUCGGAUCAUGCGAUUGUCGAAGUGUUAGAUGGGCUCUUUUAAAACAUGAAUGGUGUGAAGUUUUACUUUUGAUGGGUAACAUUGUACUUUGA